AUCUUAUUGAUUGGUUGUGCGGCUCAGUAAAGGUUUCUUUCUACAUGCAAAAUUGCAGUUUACUAAAAAAAAGUUUCCUAGUAACCGAUGAUGAAAGAAACCACUACCACCCAACAGAAAAGAAAAAUGAAAGAGAGGAACGAUCUGAACGAAGAGCAGAAAAGGGUACUACAAGAAAUGAAUGUAAAGAUUGAGAAGGUUGUUUCUCAAGGGAUUCACAAACUAAUCAAGGGCAUCAAAGAAGAAGAAAUAAAUAAAGUCAAAGAGGAGAUGGAUAGAAAGAUGGACGAGAUGAGAAAGAAGUUGGAGGAUUACCGUUUGGAGAUUGAAGAUUUAGAGAACGUCAACAAAGCCCUUGUUCUUAAAGAACGUCAAUCCAAUGAUGAGCUACAGGAAGCUCGGAAAGAACUGAAAAGAGGUUUUAGUGAUUUAUCGGAUGGUGUUGAAUCUACAACAUCCACUAUUGGAAUUAAGAGAAUGGGAGAAAUUGAUAUGAAGCCAUUCCUUGAUUUAUCAUGCAAGCGGAGAUUGAGGAGUGGAAAAGUUGAAGACCAAGUGACGCUCUGCUCUGAAUGGCAGAGACUUGUAAAAGAUCCAGAGUGGAACCCAUUCAAACGAGUGGGUAGUGGAGAGAACAUGAAGGAAGUGGUCGACGAAGACGAUGACAGACUUAAAAAACUGGGAGAAGAGUGGGGAGAAGAGGUGAAGAAAGCGGUUAAGACAGCACUUGAGGAGUUGAACGAGUAUAACGCAACUGGCCGGUACCCAGUUCCAAUACUGUGGAAUUUUGAACAAGACAGGCAAGCAAAACUGAAAGAGGGGAUUGCUCACAUGACUGAUGAGAUCAAAACACUCAAAAAAAAGCUUGCAUGAGUGUUUGAGUUUGUGCUUUUGGAAUCUUAGUUAAUUAAACUCUCCACCUCUUUUGUCUAGUCUCGGUGCUUCUCGUUUUGUGUCUAGAAACUUGGCUAUCUAAACCCACGGAGGGUUGUUUUCUAACUCUGGUACGUAUUCUUAUUAAGAAGUUAUGUCUAAAAAACUAUGUGAUCUAAACCCCCAUUCAGGUGGGUUCUUUUAAAAUUAUGGUGUAUUCAUAUCAAUAUCCUUUUUA